AUGCUGAGGGCUGUCGAGGCCUUACAUGGGGCUUUGGGGGAUUCAGAAUGUCCGGCUGCUGACUAUUUGAGUUUGAAGGCAGAAGAAACAGAGGCAAACGAACCCACUGCCUCACCAUUAGAUGAGAUCAUCAGCAAGCUUGCUUCAGCGAGCUCCUCCAUUCAAUCAACUGUUGAUGGCACAGGCCAUAUACGGGUUACACGUACCAAGACGAAGUCGAAGAUGCCAUCUACGACAGAAGAAUACCGUAAGGUGAUGAAGGUUGAGAUGUUCUCAUGGUUGGCAAUGGCAUCAAGGUACAAAUCAAAGCAUUGGCUUCAUGGACUCACUGCAGAUCCUUUCUUGAAGUUUGUUGAGUAUGUGUUGGGAGAUCGGGUGUACGGUAUCCAGAUACCAACAUCGGAAGGGGCACAACAGAAGCUCCGCCCUGACUGGGCAAUUGUGCUGGCCUAUGAGCAGAAACUCCGGAAGGAGGCUAUGAGGCGAGUUAUGGAGGGCCACACACUUGCCGAUGCUCUCAACUCAGUAAUCAAAGAUGCAGACUUGAAGGAAGCUUAUUUCACAACCCCUGUUGCUUUGAAGGCCUCACUGAGUGACGCACAACCCAACAAAUGGCAGAGGUUCAAUUCAAAGGGUUCUUUCAGCGGCAAGUCUUCUCCAAGUUUUGCCAAAGGCAAAGGGAAGGGCAAGGGAAAAUCCAAGUCCUCGAAUCAGGCUGACAGUCGUUUGAAAGGGCUCAAUUUGGCUUGGCGUACACCUGACAACAGGGAAUUAUGCUUCGCGUGGCAAGCCGAGGCCUCAGGGAAUAUCAAGUUAAUUCUCAAAGAAUUUGACAUUGAGCGUUCCCCUGACCAUGAUCUCACCAAUGUUGCUUUGUGGACCGAGAUUCUUGAAACUCUUGAUGAGGGUUCCUGGUUCAUCAUUCAGGGCAAGAUUUCAACGGCGCCAUCCAGGCCCGAGACCAGUGCGAACGAAGGCAUGGCCCAGGGGAUUUCCAUGCGUGCUGCCAAUUCCAAUGGGUUUUUCAUUUUGGAACAUCCAGAAGAUUUGGGAGUUGUUGAUGAUGAGCAUCCUGGCUCUAUUUGGCAGUGGCCAGAAAUUUUGGAGCUCAUUCCCAAAUGCAAUGCUUGUUGUUUUGCGAUCCAUCAAUGUAGGUUUGGGGCCAUUACACCCAAGCCGACACGUUUGUUGACCAAUUUGCAAGUUUCUGAUUCUCGCUGUCACAUGUCGCUGCCAAAAUUUGAUCGGUCUGGUUUUUACAAAGGGCCACUGCCACGGAAAUGUGGCCACCGUCAUUCACAUACUUUGAUUGGAAAGACUGGCGCUAGAUGGAACACAAGCCCAAGUGCAGCAUACCCGCCACAGAUGUGUCAAUUUCUUGCUAAUUUGAUUCUCCAUGCAGCAGCAUCCUUCGGUGGGGGGAAGGAGAAGUCAAAUCACAGAGGUACUAAGAGAGGUUCUACAGCCCCUUUGCCAGCUGCGAAGGCCUUGAAAUCACAAGCUGGGCAAGUGCACAACUCGCCUCAUGAGGUGCACUUGGUACAGGACUCUGAUGAGGAGGAGACCACACAGUGUGAUGGUGCCGCUGCCACAGUUGAAACAACAGGCGAUGGGGGCAGUACAGUACAGGCAGAUACAACCACUGGCAUUUCACAUGUUUCUGGCGAUUCAUCAGGUUUUGCGAUCACUGGGCAAUUUGACGAUACAACCACCGGCAUUUCACAGGUUUCUGGUGAGUCACCAGGUUUUGAUAUGAGGGCCUGCUUGAAUGCUGGGGCACCUAUACAGGUUGAAUGGGAUGGUGCUACACGUGGUUUCAUCGAUGGGUUUGGGCUCUGCAGUCCAACGAGAUGGAAGCCGAGACAACGGGGAGUGCAUAGGACCCCAGCGAUGAUCCAACUUGCUGCUGACACUUUUGACAUCCUUGCAGAAUGUGUUGAUGAGUGCAUUGCAGAUGUACGUAAGGAAUCAUUUCGGUUGGUAACUGGCAAGAUUCAGCAAUCACCUUUUGGAGAAGAAGCUUUGAGGAAGUUGAGGGAGAAAUGGGCAAAUCUACUACGUGAUCCUGCUGAGGCAAAGGUAGCGGAUUCUGGCCAGCCUUUCUACUUGAGAGCUCUGGCACAAUGGUUGGGCGUCUAUGAGGACCCAGAUGCACAUUGGCUGGUUGACGAGUCGGAUUCUUUUGCUUCUGGGGUUUACAUUGGAGUGGAUCAGCCAUUGCCGAGAUCACCACAAGUUUUUCCGGAGAAAGACAAACACCGCAAACUGGAUGACACUGAAUUUUCUCCCAUUGCAGAUAAUUAUCCGUCGGCACAGAUCUCUGCAGUAGAGCUUGAGAAGAAGUUCAGAGAAGAGGAAGCCCUAGGGCGCAUGCAUCCCUCGAAAUUGGGGGUACUCAAACAGGAGUUUGGUGACAAGCUUCGGGUGGCUUCGAUGGCUGCGAUUUCAAAGCCUGAUGGAUCAGUCAGGCCACUGCAUGACGCCACUCAUUCUGUCAUGGUCAAUCACGAGAUAAGGUACCAGGACAAGAUCAUUUGCCCCGGCCCAUCUGAGAUUGCUGGAGUGGUCAGGGAGUCGACAGACACUGGUGAGGCACGGUUUUGUGUCAGCGCUGACAUCAAGGCGGCGCACAAAUUAGUCAAGGUGCGUCCCAGCGAUUGGGGAUAUCUUUGCUGCAGGGCCGACUCUUCAUCGGAUGUGGUGUGGGUCAACCGCACCGGGACGUCUGGAGUGUCCAGCGCACCAUAUUGGUGGUCGAAGUUGGCGGGCUUGAUUGGACGUUUUGUCGGUUACAUUUUUCACGACAGAUGGUUCAUGCAGAUGAUUUACGUUGAUGACCUACAUGGAUCAUUCGUUGGGACCAACAAGUUCAGGUUUUUAUGGAUAUGGAUCCUUGCUUACGAGAUGGUUGGCACUCCAUUUGGGUAUCACAAGUUCAAGGGCGGAUUCAGCUCAGAGUUUGUGGGUUUCCAUAUCAGGUAUGACCUUGCUGAGGUUGGGAUUUCAAAAAGGCGUGGUGACUGGUUGGUUGACUGGAUUAUGAAGGCAGCAUCCAACAGAUAUGUGGUGCCUUCUCGAGACUUUGUUGAGUUUCUUGGAAGACUUGGGUUUGUGGCCCAACUCAUCACUUGGCUGAAGCCACAUCUUUCACCUUUGUUCGCUUGGGCAUCAGUCACCUCGAGGAGCACGGUUGGGAAGCUGCCUGAGACGGUCAUUUUGACCUUGCAGUACAUUUUACGUGAGCUCCAGUCGGAGACAUACAUGGUGUCGACACGGCGGCCUGACAGCUUUGAAGGAGACCAGUUCAGGACUGAUGCAAAGUGUGCUGAUGGGUACAUUGUUUUGGCAGGCUGGGAGCUCGGAUCCCGACGUUGGUUCUCUUUCAGGUUAACACCCGACGAGGCUCCUUUCUUGUUCAAGGAAUCAGGGCAGUCACAAUGGUCUUCGACCUCUUCAGAGUUGCUGGCCACCUUUGCUGCCCUUGGUGCUUUUGGAUGGUUGACGGCAGACAGGCACCGGAAGUCUCUCACCAUUGCUUUCUGUGGAGGAACUGACAACAAGGCGAAUGAGUCACUGACAAUUAAACGGGCCACGACGAAGUGGCCGUUGAUGGCCAUCAAUAUGCAGCUCUCCUCUGCCCUCUCCAAGUCCAGGCUCUCCCUUCGCCUUAAGUGGCGUCCACGGGAGGAGAACACGGAAGCAGAUGACCUCACCAAUGAGAGGUUCUCCGAUUUUGACCCUUCAAAGCGGGUUGACAUUACUUGGAAGGAUUUAGAUGUGUCCAUUUUACAAGCACUGGUUCAGACGAGGGAGGAGUUUGAGAAGAAGAAACAGGAAGCUAAGGAGGCGUCUGACGGGCGUCAACCUAGAGGAAAGAAGUUUGACAAGUCGCCUUGGUAA